AUGUAUUUUUGUUUGAGUAUAAAGUGUAUUAGAGAAAGAUUUAAGAUUUUGAACAUUUUACUGAAGAAAAAAUUUAAAAAGGAAUUCCCUGGAGUUGAUUUGAGUGACUUUUAUAAUUAUCAAAAUGUAUUUCAAAAUCAGAAGAAACUUGCAGAAUCAAAUCAUCAUAUUCAAGAUCGUAAUCAACGUGAGCUUAUGUGGAAUCUUUUAAGGCAGAUACAAUUAACUUUAAUUAUAAAUACUGAAAAAAUUAACAAUAUUUUUGGCAUUAUAAUAUUAGUUCAAUUGAUAACCACUUUCAGUCACGUAUCAGGGUACUUUUAUCACAUGUAUGUUAUGAUUAAGAGGCUAGAUUUAUUGAAGAAUCGUAUUCGUUUAAUUCAUCACUCUUAUUGGAUUUUAAUUUACAUUUUCAAAUUAAUCUACGUUGUGGAAUCUAGUGAAAAUUUUAUGAAAAAAGCUAGAAAAACUAACAAGAUAGUCCAUGCCAUUCAAGUAUCGCUGCAAACAAAUACUUUAUCCAAAGAAAUUAAUCAAACGCUACUGCAAAUCAUGUUGAAUCCAAUAAUUUUAACCAUCAAAGGCUUGACUAACAUGGAUCAUUUCUUUUUGCGUGAAUAUUGUGGAUCAAUAUUACUUUUCCUACUGACUUUUGCUCAGUUUCAUAAAAAUAUAUUAAGACAUACUGAUAAAAUCCUUCACGUCAAUGGAACUUUAUUUUAA